UGGGCCCCCAACCCCGGACAAUCCCUGGGAUAAUCCCCCGUGGCCCUUCCCCACCUUAGGAGCGCUGGGAAUGGGGCCGACAAACGGGCUCAUCACAACGCGCUGGAGCGCAAGCGCAGGGACCACAUCAAGGACAGCUUCCACAGCCUGCGGGAUUCUGUGCCCUCGCUCCAGGGAGAGAAGGCAUCCCGGGCCCAAAUCCUGGACAAAGCCACAGAGUACAUCCAGUACAUGCGCCGGAAAAACCACACGCACCAGCAGGACAUCGACGACCUCAAGCGGCAGAACGCGCUGCUGGAGCAGCAAGUGCGUGCACUGGARAAGGCCCGAUCCAGCGCCCAGCUCCAGGCCAGCUAUCCCACGGACAACAGCCUCUACACCAACCCCAAGGGCAGCACCAUCUCCGCCUUCGACGGCGGCUCCGACUCCAGCUCCGACUCGGAGCCUGACGAGCCGCAGAACAGGAAGAAGCUGCGCAUGGAGGCCAGCUAGGCCCCUCCYGCCGCCCCCUGGCCCGCAGCAGGACUCGCUCCCUCCGCUGCUAGAAGCUCUUGGACUGCAGCUUCCCAGCCCUCCCUGGCCUCUUCCCUGCUCCCACUGCGCUGGCCUUGGGGGAAGCCGGCCAGGCCGAGCAGAAAGACUUGGGGGGGUCAGGGAGACUCCCCCACUGACUCCCCUCUGCUAGCGACUCCCCUCCCCUUCCCUCCCGGUUUUUUAAGAGCAUUUCUAUUUAUACCCGGGGACCAGCGCAGUCCGGAGCGGGGAGGAGCCGGGCAGCCCCCCCCAAAAAAGGAGCAAGCACUGGGAGGGGGGUCUCCGUAU